AAGGAGAGCGGAGCGUUCCAGGCUCGGAUCCAGAGCGGCUCCGUUGGGAUGCGGGGCAUUCGAACCCAAGGCUUCCCCAAGGAGGGACGGAACCGCUCUCGGCCACCAUGAAGAAGAUGUUCUCCUGCUCCAGCAACCAAGUGGCUUUCGAGAGUUGGAACAAGCAGGACCAGAAGCUCCUCGAUGCCGUGGAAAAGGGGGACGUGGGGAGGGUCUCGGCCCUGAUGGCCAAGAAGGCGGCCAAGCCCACCAAACUCAAUGCGCUCGGCCAGUCGGCGUUCCACUUGGCGGCCUCCAAAGGCCUCACCGAAUGCCUCACCAUCCUCCUGACGAACGGGGCCGAAGUCAACGACACAAACGAUGAUGGCAGCACAGCCUUGCAUCUGGCCACCAUCGCCUGCCAACCUCAAUGCGUCAAAGUCCUGCUGCAGUACGGAGCCAACGAAGACUGCGUCGACGGGGAAAACCGAACGCCCCUCCAUUGGGCAGCCUUGUCCGGAUGCGCCUCCAGCGUCUUGCUCCUUUGUGACCAAGAAGCCUUCCUCGACGUCAUGGAUAACGAUGGACAGACGCCCUUAAUGGUCGCCGCGCAAGGAAACCAGCCCGCCAUAUGCGCCCAGUUGCUCCAAAGAGGCGCCAAGGCCGACCUCGCCGAGAAAGAAGGGAAGACGGCCCUGAUCCUGGCUUGCCAACAAGGCCACUUGGAAGUGGCGGAGCUCCUCCUCCAAAACGGGGCCGACGUCUCCGUCGCGGACAAGAUGGGGCAUGACGCCCUCCAUUAUUCUGCGCAGAAUAAGAACAAAAAGCUGCGGCGAUUGGUCCAGAACGCCCUCCGGAAGAGGAGGAAAAAAGAACGAGGUCUCGAUCUUUCGUCUGAAACCGUCUCCCAGUUCCUGUCGGAGAGCGGGAAAGAGACGGAGGUGAGCAGCCUCAGCCUCAACCUCAACGGCCGGAACGACGACGGCGACGACGACGGAGACAACGACAAGGACGACAGCGAGGAGGAAGAAGACCCGGAGCUGAAAGAGUGGAGGAGCCGGUACCGAGAGGAGAAGCUGAAGGUGAUCCAGCUGGAGUUGUCUCUGGCCCAGAAGACGAGGGAGUGCGAGGCCCUUCUGGAAGGAGGCAAGGCCAUGAAGGAACGAGUGUGGGACCAUGUCCAGGAGAUCAACCAGCUCCUUCCGGACGGAGAGGGCGAGAGCCACGGGUGGAACGAGCUGAGCCGGCGAUACAGCCGGGACGCGACGGAGGAGGACUACUACCUCAACCUCUUGGCCGAACAAGUGCGAGAACUCAAGAGGAGGAAGGAGAGAGCGGAGAAGGAGAAAGAGGAGGAGAUAAGGUCUUCUUCUCGGAAGGAAACGAGUCAACCUAGAGAGAUCCAGUGGCCGGGAGUGGAAGACGAGGAGGAGAGGCAACGCCAUGAAACCGAAGUCAAGGGUCUACAAUUAGAAGUGGCCACAGCCCUCGAGGAGAAGAUCGAAGCCCUGAAACGGGUGCAAGAGAUGGAGGGACACAUGGAGAACAUGAGAGCGGUCAUCAAGGUAUACGAAUCCAAGAAGAAGCACCAGAAAGAGGUGGAGGCCCGGGCGGCGGAGAUGGAGGAGGAGAACCGACGUCUACACGAGAUGUUGGCAAAGAAGCGUCUGGACGGAGAUCCUCAAAAGGGGUUCUCUGCAUUCUUAAUGGAGAUGGAGGCAACGUACAAGGAAACAUGGAAGGAGAACGAAGCUAUGAAAGCAGAGAACGCGGCUCUGAAGCAAGAGGCCGAGGAGACCCUUGGGAGCCGCCUCCUGUUCCAAGCGGUGCCAUCAGGAGUGGUGAAGAAGGCCAUGUUUGCUUGGAAGAAGGCCAUCGAAGGUCUCGAAGGCGCCUUGGAUAAGGUGGAACGAGCUCAUUCAACGCUCCUGGAGAAGGCGAGAACGCUUCGGGAAGAUGUUUCAUUAGAAGAUGUCAACAACGGACACCAUGUCGAGGAGAACAUCUCAAAGAACGAGAAUGUGGAGGUCAGCGUAUUCAACAAGGGACACCAUGUUGAGAAGAACAUCUCAAAGAAUGAGAAUGUGGAGAUCAACGUCAUCAACAAGGGACACCAUGUUGAGAAGAACAUCUCAAAGGACAAGAACGUGGAGGUCUGCAUCAUCAACAAGGGACACCAUGUUGAGAAGAACAUCUCCAAGGACAAGAACGUGGAGGUCUGCAUCAUCAACAAGGGACACCAUGUUGAGAAGAACAUCUCAAAGGACAAGAACGUGGAGAUCUGCGUCAUCAACAAUGGACACCAUGCUGAGGAGAACAUCUCAAAGGACACCGAGAAGGCCCACAACGGGGAGGUCAAGCUCAGGCUGAAGCCUAGCUCGACUGAGGGCAAGGCCCGUCCGUGCCGGAAAAGUUCCGACUUGGAGAAAGAGGUGUGGGACCUCAAGAAGAACAAUGGCCACCUCGCGACGGAGUUAUCCCGACUCAGCAAAGAACGGGAGAAGCUACAACAAGAACUGAGAACCUUGUACAGUCCUAAAGAAGGAUCUCGACAACUGGAACUGACGGAAGAGCUGAAGCGGAGGGUGGAGUCGUUGUCCAAAGAGCUCUCGGCCGAAAAGGAGGUCUCCGAGAACUUGCGGGUGAAGCUGGAAGCUCAGUCGGAGGAAACAGCGGCCAUGAAGGCCCGCUUCCUGGAGAAGAUGGAGGCCACCCGCCUCUUCGGGGCCGAGACCCUCAACAGCUGCAUCUUGAAGGAACUCCACUGGAAGCUGGACAACGUGGCCAAGAAGCAGAGCAAGGCUCUACAGCUGGUGUCCGAGAUGGAGGAGGAGAACCUCAACCAAAGCUUCCACCAGAGCGAGAGGACGGUGCCGGACAUCCCUGCGGAAGCCCUGGACGCCGUGGGAGACAACUCAAAGGUCCGGCAGAUGUUGGUCGAGUUGGAGGACAUCCUUCACGAGCUGAAAGAGGCCUUGAAUGGUGCUGAGAAGAACGAGGUAGUCUCCAAGUUGAAAGGUCUGGUGGACCGAAUGGUGGCCACGAUGGCCGCCCUGCGCCAGGAGGAAGAGGAGGCACUGAGGAAGCACGAGAAGGUCCGCGGGAUGCUCUCCGUCCGAGCACAGGUCUUGGCCGAGGAGCUGGCCACGCUCCGGGAUAAGUUCGAGGAGGCCAAAGGUGAAGCUGGUCGCCGGGCAGAGGCCCUCGAGAGCGAGGCGCGGAUGAACCGGGAGCUGCUGGCGGAGAUGGCGGAGCGCGAGGAGGAAGUGGAGGAACUGAGGGGGAAGUCCAGGAGGAUGGAGGCCACCAUCGAGAAGCUGGGCAAGAAGGUGGAGGAGGUCUCCAAGGCUGGACAGGAAAAGGAAGAGAAGUUCAAGAAGCUGUUGAAGGAAACGGAGAAGCUUUCCAGCGAAAUCUUGAACCUCCGGAGCGAACGCACCCGCCUCCGCCUGCAAAACGAGGUGGCCCAGAAAAACCAUCAAGAGAUUGUGGCCAUUUACCGAACUCACCUGCUCAAUGCGGCCCAGGGCUUCAUGGACAAAGAGGUGCAUGAGAUGCUGCUGCGGAUCCUGAGGACGAAUGACGACUGAUGGGCGGAAAAAUAAAUAAAAUGAGAUUAAAAUAAAAGUCA